UCGCAGGGUUCUUCCUCCGACUCUCUCUCAUCAUUUUCGGUCCGUCACUUCAAAUUCCCACCGCCACUAGAAACCCUAACCCUCUCUCUCUCUCUCUCCACUUUCUCGCUCCGAGGGUUUCGUUUCUUCCCCUAGUCAAACAAGAUGCAGGACCCUCUAAGCAUGUCCCUGGACGACCUCAUCAAGACCAGCAAGAAAUCGGGAUCCGGGAACGCCCGAGGCCGCGGCGGCCGGGGGACCUCCGGACCCGGACCCGCCCGCCGCUUGCCGAAUCGCGGCGCCAAUCGCGCGACGCCGUACGUGGCUGCGGCCAAGGCGCCGGAGACUGCGUGGCAACACGACAUGUAUGGGGAUCUUGGUGCGGUGGCGUACGCGGCUCCAGCUGGGAGAGCAUCGGCUAUCGAAACCGGAACCAAGCUCUACAUCUCCAAUCUCGAUUAUGGCGUUUCCAACGAGGACAUUAAGGAAUUGUUUUCUGAGGUUGGUGACCUGAAACGUUAUGGAGUACAUUAUGACAGAAGCGGGAGAUCAAAGGGAACGGCAGACGUAGUUUUCUCACGACGAACGGAUGCUGCGGCGGCUGUUAAAAGAUACAACAAUGUUCAGCUUGAUGGGAAGCCGAUGAAGAUUGAGAUUGUAGGAACAAACAUUGGGACACCUGGAGCCCCACCUGCUUUCCCCCCUGCUGCUAAUGGAAAUUUUGGAAAUCGGAAUGGACUACCCAUGGGGGGACAGAGUAGGGGUGGUGCAUUUGGACGUAUACGUGGCGGCGGUGGUGGUGGCGGAGGUGGUGGUGGCGGCAGCCGUGGUGGCCGUGGUCCUAGAAGGGGCGGUGGUGGACGCGGAAGUGGAAGAGGCCGUGGUGAAAAGGACCAAAAGGUUUCCGCUGAAGAUCUUGAUGCCGAGCUAGAGAAGUACCAUGCAGCAGCAGAAUCAAUGCAAGAGUAAAGUGAAAUCAGCUGUAUGAAGUGUUGGCUUUAUUACAUCUUUUAUGGCUCAUUAGGUGCUUGGUGAUUUGACAACCUCAUAUAUUUUCUGUAUUUCUAUCAAAACCCAAUUUCCUUGAGAGAGAAAUCAUGCGUAGGAAGAACUUGUAGAAUCUUGCUUAAGUAGUUUGGGCACUUAUUAUGUUUGUUUAGACAUGGGUAUGAGAUAUGUGGGUUAAUAGACAGUUUCAGUACUUUGAACUGAACUCCCAUCCAUUAGCUUCUUCAAUCCCUUUUCAACAAGUUGGUCUCUGUUUCUCCGCACACAAAGACAAAACUGGCUGCAGAACGUGUGAAAGGAUUGAGCCUUAGAGAAUUCACACACUGCUGCAAUGAGUUUGGUUGGUUCUACUGCCUGUAAAAUGGCGUACUUCGCAUGAGGUAGAUAUCUCUGUUUUCCUUGGCUUUGAAAUCUUGUUAUUUAUUUAAGUUUUGUCCUUUGUGUUUGGUGCA